AUCGGGGGACCUUGUUCAGAUAAAUAACCCUCGGAGUCCAGCAGCUCUUCACUCUCCCAAAAAACCACAAACUGGUGGCUGAAUCAGCAUGGCAUCAUCACUAGAAGCAACAACAGGAGUUCUUCUCCUACUUUUCUCACUCUCUUCAGCUCAAGUCAGAGGAGACAAUAGUGCAUCAUGCAACAUGAAUGAUGGCUUUGGGAAGUAUUGCCCCACCACGUGUGGCGUUGCUGAUUACUUUCUGAGGUAUUUUCCUGGAGUCAACGAGGACCUGAAGACGAUGCAAGCAGAACUGGAGACCAUCACAAAUUUGACUCAAGGAGCCGAUGAAACCAUUGUGUACAUGCGAGACUCGGCCACUUCAGCUCAGAAAUCUUCACUGACAGAUCCGUACUUUAAGAGGUCCUCCAGCAUGCUGGAUGAUGUCCUUCGGUUUGAAAAGACUAUUAUUGCACAAGAACAGCAAAUUCUGGAGCUUAACGAUUUAAUCUCCUCUAAUGAGAGGACAAUGGGGGAUCUGAAGACGCUUGCAAUGCAGCUGCAGCAAAAAUGCAGUGAACCCUGCAGAGACACAGUUGAGAUCCAAACUACCACAGGAACAGACUGCCAGGAUGUUGCAAACAAAGGUGCUACCACUAGCGGUCUUUACUAUGUGAAGCCAAUAAAAGCACAAGAGCAGUUCUUGGUCUACUGUGAGAUUGACAGCUCCGGAAGAGGCUUCACUGUGAUCCAGAGGAGACGCAACGGCGCCUUGAACUUCACUAAGGACUGGGUCCAGUACAAGGAGGGAUUCGGCUACCUCUCUCCAGAUGACACAACAGAAUUCUGGCUCGGCAACGAGAAGAUCCAUCAGCUGACGAUCAGCUCAGCUCUCCCGAUGGUGCUCAGGAUCGAGCUUGUUGACUGGGAGGGCAACAAAAAGUAUGCCGACUACACCAUGUUCAGAAUUGGGUCAGAAGCUGACAUGUACCGCCUCACCUAUGGCUUCUACUAUGGUGGUAAUGCAGGUGAUGCUUUUGAUGGCUAUGACUUUGGAGACGACCCCAGCGACAAGUUCUACACAUCCCACAACGGCAUGCAGUUCAGUACUUAUGACAGAGACAACGACAGGUAUCCUGGUAACUGUGCCCUCCAAGAUGGCUCUGGCUGGUGGAUGAACAGGUGUCAUGCUGCACAUUUGAAUGGAAAAUACUACCAGGGAGGCAGAUACACAGAAAAGGAUGCUGGUGAUUACGGCUUCGACAACGGCAUCAUUUGGGUCACAUGGCACAAUCGCUGGUACUCCCUGAAGGAGACGACCAUGAAGAUUAUCCCCUUCAAUCGCAUCAAUGCAGGAGAUGGACAGCAAGCCGGAGUGAAACAGUUUGGGCUUUAGAGAGCGGAAAUAAUGAGCUUUGCUGUUUUUUAACAGCCUUCAGAUCAAGAAUAAACAAUAUCUGGCAUCUCUCUGGGAUGUUUGGAUGACCCAAAAGAUGGUUUUGAUGUUCAACUCUGCCUUUCAAGCACUGAAUAAAUGUAUUUUUCUCACCA